AUGACAGUCAUGACUCGUGGCUCUCCAGUAGGAGGGAAUGAAAACCAGGGGCAGGCUCCUGAUGGGCAGUCUCAGUCUUCUUUCCAAAAGAACCAGAUCUCAUCAUCUGACUCUUCCAAUGAGAAUUCUCCAGUGACUCUUCCAGAUGAACAAGGUCAAGGUGAUGCUCCACCACAGCAUGAAGAUGAAGAUCUUUCAUUUCCCCAUGCUGACCUGGCAAAGUUGGAAGAUUUGGUCAACAGACCUCAAUGGGUGGUUCCUGUUGUGCCAAAGGGAGAAUUAGAAGUACUUUUAGAAGCUUCUAUUGAUCUUAGUAAAAAAGGCCUUGAUGCUAAAAGUGAAGCUUGUCAGCGUUUUUUUCGAGAUGUUUUAACUGUAUCUUUUACCAAAAUACUUAUGGAUGAGGCACUGAGUGGAUGGAAAUUUGAAAUUCAUAGGUAUAUUAUUAACAAUACCCAUCGCCUAGUGGAGCUUUGUGUGACGAAGUUGUCUCAGGACUGCUGUCUGUUUCUAGAACUUCUAGCAAUGGCCUUAAAUCCUCAUUGCAAAUUUCAUAUCUGUAAUGGUGCACGUCCUUGUGAGUCAGUGUCCUCAAGUGUUCAGUUUCCUGAAGAUGAACUCUUUGCCUGUUCUCCAGACCUACGUUUACCAAAAGGUUGGUUAGUGGAUCUUAUUAACACAUUUGGCACAUUAGAUGGUUUCCAGAUUUUGCAUGAUCGUUUCAUUACUGGAUCAGCAUUAACAAUUCAAACAAUUUCAGCUCUAAUUAAGCCUUUUGGACAGUGCUAUGAGUUUCUCACUCAACACACUUUAAGAAAGUACUUCAUCCCAGUUAUUGAGGUAGUUCCACAAUUAUUACAAAAAAUAACUAAUGAAGAACUGAAAUGAGAAGCAAAGAGUGAAGUGAAAAAUGAUGCCAUUUCAAUGAUUAUUAAAUCUCUAAAGAGUUUAGCCUCAAGAAUUCCAGGACAAGAAGAAACUAUUAGAAAUUUAGACAUUCUUAGGUUAAAAAUGAUACUCAGAUUGCUGCAGAUUUCUUCUUUUAAUGGAAAGAUGAAUGCACUGAAUGAAAUUAACAAGAUGCUGUCAAGUGUAUCAUAUUAUACACAUCAACAUGGUAAUUCUGAGGAAGAAUGGCUAACCGCUGAACAAAUGGCAUAGUGGAUACAACAAAAUAAUAUCUUAUCCAUACUCUUACAAGAUAGUCUUCAUCAGCUACAGUAUGUGGAAAAGCUAGAGAAGAUUCUGCAUUUUGUCAUUAAAGAAAAGGCUCUUACUUUACAGGAUCUUAAUAAUAUCUGGGCAGCACAGGCAGGAAAGCAUGAAGCCAUUGUGAAGAAUGUACAUGACCUACUAGCAAAAUUAGCUUGGGAUUUUUCUCCUGAACAACUUGAUCAUCUUUUUGAUUGUUUUAAGGCAAGUUGGACAAAUGCAAGUAAGAAACAACGUCAAAAGCUUCUUCAACUGAUUCGUCGCCUUGCAGAAGAUGACAAGGAUGGUGUAAUGGCACACAAAGUAUUGACUCUUCUGUGGAAUCUAGCCCACAGUGAUGAUGUACCUGUAGAUAUCAUGGAUCUCGCUCUCAGUGCCCACAUAAAAAUACUCGAUUAUAGUUGUUCCCAGGAUCGAGAUUUGCAAAAAAUCCAGUGGAUAGAUCACUUUAUAGAAGAACUUCGAACAAAUAACAAAUGGGUUAUCCCUGCACUGAAACAAAUAAAAGAGAUUUGUAGUUUGUUUAAUGAAGCACCUCCAAAUUUAAGUCGAACUCAUCAAAGUCCUCAUGUAUUUUAUCGUCGUGAUUUAAUCAGGCAACUUCAACAUAAUCAUACUUUAGUUACUUUGGUAACAGAAAAUCUUGCAACUUACAUGAACACCAUAAGAUUAUAUGCUAGAGAUUAUGAAGACUAUGACCCACAAACUGUAAGACUAGGAAGUAGAUACAGUCAUAUUCAAGAAGUCCAAGAACGACUUAAUUUCCUCAGAUUUUUACUGAAGGAUGGUCAACUUUGGCUCUAUGCUCUCCAAGCCAAACAAAUAUGGAACUGCUUAGCAAAGAAUGCAGUUUUCUUUAGUGAUCGAGAAGCCUGUUUUAUGUGGUUUUCCACGUUAAUGGGCGACGAUCCAGACCUAGAUCCUGAUAUUAUUCAGGAUUUUUUUGAAAGUAAUGUGCUUCAACUUGAUCCGACUCUAUUAACCGAAAGUGGAAUAACGUGUUUUGAAAGAUUUUUCAAGGCUGUCAAUUGUCAAGAAGGGAAAUUAAUGAUAAAAAGAAGAGUCUAUAUGAUGGAUGAUUUAGACCUAAUAGGAUUAGAUUACCUUUGGGAGGUUGUGAUAAAGAGUAAUGACAAUAUUUCGAACAGAGCAAUAGAUCUUCUAAAAGAAAUACACACAAAUCUCGGUCCCAGAUUACAGGCAAAUAAGGUAGCUAUCCAUGAAGAUUUUAUUCAGACAUGCUUUGAUCGCUUGAAAGCCUCAUAUGGCAUGUUGUGUGUUUUGGAUAGUGAAAAAGACACUAUUAGUUGUACAAGACAGGAAGCCAUUCAGAUGGUUCGUGUACUAACGGUUUUAAGAGAGUACAUAAGUGAAUGUGACAGUGAUUAUCAUGGGGAACGAAUUAUUCUUCCUUUGUCAAGACCUAUACGGCAGUUGGCACAGGAGCAGUUCUUCUUAAUGUGUACCAGAUGUUGCAUGGGACAUAAACCUCUGAUGUUCUUCAUUACUCUACUCUUUACCAUUCUGGGGAGUGUCACAACAGAAAGGGGGAAAUAUUCAGAAGAAUACUUCACACUUUUGAGGCGUCUUCUCACUCAUGCUUACAACUGCAGUGUUCUUGUACCCAAUGCUGAUGUUCUUCUUAGUGAUGAAAUUGACUGGCUCAAAAGGGUUAGGGAUUGUGUUAAAGACUCAGGUGAAGCAGGUGUUGAAGAUCCGAUCUUGGAAGGCCAUCUUGGAGUAACAAAAGAGUUACUAGCCUUUCAAACUCCAGAGAAAAAAUACCAUAUUGGUUGUGAAAAAGGAGGUACUAAUCUUGUUAAAGAACUAAUUGAUGAUUUCAUCUUUCCUGCAUCUAAAGCUUACCUCCAAUAUAUGAGUAGUGGAGAACUGCCAGCCAAGCAAGCUGUUCCAGUCUGUGGUUCACCAACUACAGUUAAUGCUGGGUUUGAACUACUCGUAGCCUUGGCUUUUGGCUGUGUAAGGAAUCUUAAUCAGAUAGUAAACUGUUUGACUGAAAUGUAUUAUUUAAGCACAACAAGAACAACUUGUGAAGCACUUACUGAGUGGGAAUAUCUACCACCUGUUGGACCGCGCCCACCAAAAGGAUUUGUGGGACUCAAAAAUGCUGGUGCUACUUGUUAUAUGAACUCAGUGAUCCAGCAACUAUACAUGAUUCCUCUUAUCAGGAAUAGUAUUCUUUCAAUUGAAAACAUAGGGAGUAAUAUAAAUGAUGAUACAUUCAAGGAUGAAAAGCAGGACAGUAAGAGUCAUGUUGAUCCCAGAGAUAUAUUUGGAUAUCCUCAUCAGUUUGAAGACAAACCCACAUUAAGUAAAGUAGAAGAUAGAAAAGAGUACAACAUUGGUGUUUUAAAACACCUUCAGAUAAUCUUUGGACAUUUAGCUUCUUCUCAACUACAAUACUAUGUGCCCAGAGGAUUCUGGCAACAAUUCAGGCUUUGGGGUGAACCUAUUAAUCUUCAUGAACAACAUGAUGCAUUAGAGUUUUUUAAUUCUUUGGUGGAUAGUUUAGAUGAAGCUUUUAAAGCUUUAGGACAUCCAACCAUGAUAAGUAAUGUCCUUGGAGGAUCCUUUGCUGAUCAGAAGAUUUGCCAAGGAUGCCCACAUAAGUAUGAGUGUGAAGAAUCUUUUACAACUCUGAAUGUAGACAUUAGAAAUCACCAAAAUCUUCUUGAUUCUUUGGAACAGUAUAUCAAGGGAGAUUUAUUAGAAGGUGCAAAUGCAUAUCAUUGUGAAAAAUGUGAUAAAAAGGUUGAUACAGUAAAGCGCCUACUGAUUAAAAAACUCCCUACUGUUCUUGCUAUCCAACUGAAACGAUUUGACUAUGACUGGGAAAGAGAAUGUGCAAUCAAAUUCAAUGAUUACUUUGAAUUCCCAAGAGAACUGGAUAUGGAACCUUACACAGUAGCAGGCGUCACAAGACUGGAAGCUGAUAGUGUAAAUCCAUUGACUCAUUUAAUUCAGCAGAAUGAGCAAUGUGAAAGUGUGAUAGCAGGAAGCACAAAGUAUAGACUUGUUGGUGUCCUUGUUCACAGUGGUCAAGCAAAUGGUGGACAUUAUUAUUCUUACAUCAUUCAAAGAAAUAGUAAAGACAGUGAGAGGGGUCGCUGGUUCAAAUUUGAUGACGGGGACGUGACAGAGUGUAAGAUGGAUGAUGACGAAGAAAUGAAAAAUCAGUGCUUUGGUGGAGAGUACAUGGGAGAAGUGUUUGACCAUAUUAUGAAACGCAUUUCAUACAGGCGUCAGAAAAGGUGGUGGAAUGCGUAUAUUCUGUUUUAUGAACAGAUUAGUACAACUGAUGAAGACAAGAUGGUAACACCUAUAUCAAAGCUAACAGUCACAAGACCUCAUCAGAUUAUGUCACCAGCCAUUCAGAGAAAUGUAUGGAAACAAAAUGUGCAAUUCCUGCAUAAUCAAAUGCAGUAUAGCUUAGAAUAUUUUCAGUUCAUUAAGAAACUGCUUACCUGUAAUGCUGUGUACUUAAACCCUGCUCCAGGACAAGAUCAUUUGCCACCUGAAGCGGAAGAUAUUACAAUGAUUAGCAUUCAGCUAGCUGCUAGAUUCCUUUUUACAACUGGAUUUCAUACUAAGAAAAUAGUCCGUGGCCCUGCUGAUGACUGGUGCGAUGUGCUGUGUAUUCUUCUCCGUCACAGCAAGAAUGUACGAUUUUGGUUUGCUCACAAUGUCCUAUUUAAUGUAUCAAAUCGUUUUUCUGAGUAUCUCCUGGAAUGUCCAAGUGCAGAAGUGAGAGGUACAUUUGCAAAGCUUAUCGUAUCCAUUGCACAUUUUUCUUUGCAAGAUGGAUCUUAUCCUUCACCCUUUUUAUCACCUUUUGCAAGUCCAGCACCUUGUGGUCAGAUAUGUGAUAAUUUGAACUUGAGUGAUCAUUUACUAAAAGCUGUAUUAAAUCUCUUGAGAAGGGAAGUUUCUGAACAUGGGCGACAUUUACAGCAAUACUUCAGUUUAUUUGUAAUGUAUGCCAGUUUAGGUUUGGCAGAAAAAGCUCAGCUUCUAAAACUAAAUGUACCUGCUAUCUUUAUGCUUGUGUCUUUGGAUGAAGGGCCAGGUCCUCCAAUUAAAUACCAGUAUGCUGAGUUAGGUAAGUUAUACUCAGUAGUAUCUCAACUGAUACGAUGUUGCAGUGUCUCAUCAAGAAUGCAGUCUUCAAUCAGUGGUAAUUCCCCUCUUCCAAAUCCUUUUGGUGACCCAAAUUUGUCACAGCCCAUAAUGCCAAUUCAGCAGAAUGUGGAUGACAUUUUAUUUGUAAGAACCACUUAUGUGAAGAAAAUUAUUGAAAACUACAGCAACUCAGAGGAAACAGUCAAGUUACUUUGCUUCUGCUGCUGGGAGAAUCCCCAAUUCUCAUCUUCUGUUCUCAGCGAACUGCUUUGGCAGAUUGCAUAUUCAUAUACAUAUGAACUUCGGCAACAUUUGGAUCUACUCUUGCAAAUUAUUCUGAUGGAGGAUUCCUGGCAAACUCAUAGAAUUCAUAAAGCACUUAAAGGAAUUCCAAAUGAUCGAGAUGGGCUGUUUGAUACAAUUCAGCGUUGUAAGAAUCACUACCAAAAAAGAGCAUAUCAGUGUAUUAAAUGCAUGGUAACUCUCUUUAACAGUUGUCCUGUUGCCUACCAAAUCUUACAGGGUAAUGGAGAUCUUAAAAAGGAAUGGACUAGGGCAGUUGAAUGGCUCGGAGAUGAACUUGAAAGAAGAACAUAUUCUUGUAAUCCUCACUGCACUUACAGCAAUUCUUCUCCUCCAAUACAAAGCAAUGAAACAUCAGACGGUUAUUUUUUAGAGAGAUCUCAUAGUGCAAAAAUGACACUUGCAAAAGCCUGUGACCUGUUGCCAGAAAAGAAUUAUGUACCUGAACAGCCAUAUUCAAAUCGAGGAGCACAUCUCUUGAAUAACCCUCAGAAAAACGAUGAACCACAAGAAACUUAUGAAAGCAAUGAAGAAGUAUCUUCACCCCUAACAAAGGAUCAGUGA